AUGAUCACUGGUUAUGGUAUUGCCAGAACUAUGAAUAGAAUACACUACUUACCCUAUGAAGGAAGAGUAAGGAUACACGUCGAAAAAUAUCUGAUUUAUCUAGAGCGAAUUUUCCCACGUUUGAAGCAAACGUAUGUACUUGCGAAGAGGGGAACCGAGCAAAGAAAAGUGCGUUUUGCAAGUUCUUGCUGCACUUACUACGAUCCUUUGAGAAAGCAUAUAUGCACCAGUUUGAACACUACUGUAAAAGCUGCGAAUACAAUCGCAAGGAAAAUGAAUAUAUCGCACUUCAUCGUUUUCGGAGAUGAUCAUAAAUUUAUGACUAGUCUGUCAAAGGCAAUCGUAAAUGACGGUGGUUGGAAAAAAGAUGCAGUGGCUGUAUCAAAAUAUAAAGAAUAUCUGGAUUUGUUUUUAGCGUCUCAGCUAUGCAGCUCAUUUCUAAUUACCGCUGUCACAUCUACUUUCGGCUGGUGGCUCGCUUUUUUCGUGCCGAAUCAAAAUGCUAUCUACUACUUAAACGAUACUAGGCGACACGCCGACAAAAGACCUAACAAGGAACUCUUUUUGUGA